CCAUGGCGGGUCUUCCUGGCGGUCGGUUGUCAGCGCUGCAGCGAGGUUCUUGAUAAGAAGUACUUUCUAGACUUCAAGAUUUCAGAAGAGAGGUGAAAGGGUAUAUUGAAACUUUGAGUCAAGCCUGUAGACAGGUGGACUGACAGACGGAAUAAACCACAGGAGGUGACCUAUUGAGAAACAAACACUGGGCAAACCUGCUGUUCUGCACCAAGGGUGGGAAAAAUGUCACAAGUUACAACCUCCUAUUCCUAUAAUGCUCCAACAGACUUCAUCAAUUUUACAUCUUUGAAUGAUGAGGAAGAUACCCCAAACAUAGAUUCCUGGUUUGAAGAGAAGGCCAAUUUGGAGAAUAAGUUUCCUGGGAAAAAUGGUACAGGAGGGCUUUUUCAGGGCAAAACUCCCAGAACAGCUAAUCUUCAGCAAGAUGUCACACCUCUGAGACCAGUUGACAACACUUAUAACAAAGAGGCAGAAAAAGAAAACCUGGUGGAAGAGUCCAUUCUAACAAAUGCUUGUUCUUCUCUGAAAGUCAAAGGACCCACAUCAAGAAAUAUUCUAGCUCAGCCUCAGAGAAGAUUGCUUAGACUCUCUGCUCAGAAGAGUUUGGAGCAGAAAGAAAAACAUCAUGUACCAAUGAAAGCCAAGAGAUGUGCUACUCCUGUAAUCGUCAAUGAAAUUCCACUCUCCAAAAAAAUGAAAGUUUCUCACAAUAAAAAGAAGCAAGAGGAAGAAGGCAGUACUCAUCAAGAUGCUUCUGAAAAGAAUGAGUCUUCCCCAGAGAAGGCCAAGGGCAGACAUACUGUGCAUUGGAUUCCACCUGUAAGGCAGAAGAUUCUAAAAAGUACUGAGGAGCAAGAGUUGGAGAAGAGAAUGAAAAUGCAGCAAGAGGUGGUAGAGAUGCGGAAAAAGAAUGAAGAAUUCAAGAAAUUUGCUCUUGCAGGAGCAGGGCUCCCUGUGAAGAAAUCAGUGAGCCAGGUAACCAAAUCAGUUGACUUCCACUUCCUCACAGAUGAGCGAAUCAAACAACAUCCUAAGAACCAGGAGGAGUAUAAGGAAGUGAACUUUACAUCUGAACUGCGAAAGCAUCCUCGAUCUCCUGCCCGAGUGACUAAGGGAUGCACCAUUGUUAUGCCUUUCAACCUGUCCCAGGGAAAGAAAAGAACAUUUGGUGAGACGGCUUCUACAUACGUGCCCCUUGCACAGCAGGUCGAAGCCUUCCAUAAACGAACCCCUAACAGAUACCACUUGAGGAGCAAGAAGGAUGAUAUUACUCUGUUACCCUCCAAAUCUGUGGCCAAUAUAUGCAGAGACUCACAGACUCCUGUGCUGCAAACCAAACAGCGUGCAAGACCUGUGACCUGCAAAAGUGCCACGGAACAGGAGGCUGAGGAGCUUGAGAAACUGCAGCAAUACAAAUUCAAAGCACAGGAACUUGAUCCCAGAAUUCUUGAAGGUGGGCCCAUCUUGCCUAAGAAACCGCCUGUGAAGCCAUCCACUCAGCCUAUUGGCUUUGAUUUGGAAAUUGAGAAGAGGAUCCAGGAGCGAGAGUCAAAGAAGAAAUUGGAGGAUGAACACUUUGAAUUUCAUUCUAGGCCCUGUCCUACUAAGAUCUUGGAAGAUGUUGUGGGUGUUCCUGAAAAGAAAGUACUUCCAAUCACUGUCCCCAAGUCACCGGCCUUUGUUCUGAAGAACAGAAUGAGAAUACGCACCAAAGAAGAUGAGGAAGAGGAGAAGCCAGUAGUGAUAAGAGCUCAACCUGUGCGAUAUUUUGGAAUACCUUUUAAGCCCCAAAUCCCAGUGGGGAGAACUGUGGAAAUAUGCCCUUUCUCUUUUGAUUCUCGAGACAAAGAACGUCAGUUACAGAAGGAGAAGAAAAUAAAAGAACUGCAGAAAUGGGAGGUACCCAAAUUCAAGGCGCUUCCUUUGCCUCAUUUUGACACCAUUAACCUGCCGGAGAAGAAGGUGAAGAAUACAACCCAGGUUGAGCCUUUCUGCUUUGAGACCGACAGAAGAGGUGCUCUGAAGGCACAGACUUGGAAGCACCAGCUGGAGGAAGAAGUAAAACAGCAGAAAGAAGCAACUUGCUUCAAGGCUCGUCCAAACACCGUCAUCUCCCAGGAGCCCUUUGUUCCUAAGAGAGAGAAAAAAUCCCUUACUGAGGGCCUUUCUGGUUCUCUAGUUCAAGAAACUUUUCAGCUGGCCACUGAGAAGAGAGCCAAGGAGCGGCAGGAGCUGCAGAAGAGAAUGGCUGAGGUGGAAGCCCAGAAAGCCCAGCAGUUGGAGGAGGCCAGGCUACAGGAGGAGGAGCAACAGAAGGAGGAGCUGGCCAGACUACGGAAAGAACUGGUACACAAGGCAAAUCCAGUACACAGGUACCAGGGUGUGGAAGUCAAGUCAAGUGACCAGCCCUUGACCGUGCCUGUAUCGCCUAAGUUCUCCACUCGAUUCCACUGCUAAACUUGGCUCUGAGCUGUGGACACCGCCUGGGAACCAGAGCUACUCUUCCCAUUAAACUAGGAGCCUUCUUUGUCACGGGGGCAUGGAUACAACCCAUUUCUACAGGCUUUUACCUACUCAUGCCUGAAAAGUG